UGCGCUCGUGUGUCACGAUGGCCCGCUGCAAGACGCGUCCUGCAAGCAAGAGCUUGGACGAGCUGAUGGAGCCGCUCCACCUCGCCCAAUGCACCAAGUGCCACCGCCCGAUCUACAAGGCCCACAUCGAGCAGCACAUGCGGCAAUGCGGCUUGCGCCACCAUGCGCCACCAUGCGCGAGCGACGUCCAAAGUGCUACAACGCAGGUCGGCUUGCGAGGCGCAAGCCAAGCCGCCAACGCCACCCUCUCGGUUGCGCGAGAACAAGAAGCGAGCCCAUCGCGGGCGUCCAACAGCGACGGGCCCGCCUUCCCCGCGCUCUUGCCCAUGCACGAGUUGAAGGCGCUGGCCUUUACGCCCAAGUCGCGGCCCCACGUGCAUACGACGGUGCAAUUCGAGGCGACGCGGCAGAUCCUCUUUGGACAGAGCACAGUCGCCAAGCGUGCGCUGCCGCAGAGCAAGAAACCACCGACACCAAAGCGCCAACGCGUGGCAACACCCACCACCAAGUCGCCCAAGCCCACCAUUCCUACCGUCCAGCCGGUGCCUUCAACGUCUCGAGCCACGAGCAGUGCGUCUGCCCAGCCAGCUACCAAAACCACUGCAAAAUGUGGCAAGAAGCCGUCGCCGCGACCACAGAAGCCACCGGCGACAAUCGCACCAGCCAGUGCGAGAGUGCCCAAGAAGGCACGGACCGUGUCGCCCAAGGUCAUCCGCGUACCGCCGAGUGCGCCCCUCAAGGCGGUGCCGCCGUCCAAGGCCGCUUUGCCGCGCUCGGUCGGGCGGAUCGUACCGCCGCCGCUGCUGGCCUUUCCCAAGCACCUGUCCUUCCUGCCACCACCGCCCGUCGUGGGCAUACUGCCCCGGUUGCCAUCCCCGACGCUGCCCCACAAGAAGACGAUUCCGCGCACAACGUUUAGCCCCGAGCUCCACCGCGCGUACACGGCGCUCCCGAGCCUCUUGGCGUGGGGCCAGGACGACCCGGCCAUGAUCCAGAUGCCACCGUCGCUCGCCGCGUCCUCGCCAGUUUCGACGCCGUCGUCGCGGUCGUCGGACCUUCUUCUCCAAGCACUCUUGUUGCAGGAUACGUAGUGGAUUUUGCAUCUCAAAGCUCUUCCUCGGUGAUCUCGACCCGCGUUUUCUUCUUGAGCUUCUUCUUGAGCUUCUU